AUGAGAGUGAACGGGAGCGAUCUGAACAGCUCCGUCCUCCCGCGGGACUCGCCGGCCGAGGGCGCCCCGCGCCGCCCGCCCUGGGUGACCUCCACCUUGGCCGCCAUCCUCAUCUUCACCAUCGUGGUGGACCUGCUGGGCAACCUCCUGGUCAUCCUCUCCGUCUACCGCAACAAGAAGCUGCGGAACGCGGGAAAUGUGUUUGUUGUAAGCCUGGCAGUUGCAGACUUGGUUGUAGCAAUCUACCCAUAUCCACUGGUCCUCACAUCUGUAUUUCACAACGGAUGGAAUCUGGGAUACCUUCACUGCCAGAUUAGUGGCUUCUUGAUGGGCCUAAGUGUCAUUGGAUCAAUCUUCAAUAUUACAGGCAUCGCUAUCAAUCGGUACUGCUAUAUCUGCCACAGUCUUAAAUAUGACAAGCUGUACAGCGACAAGAAUUCAUUGUGCUAUGUUGUUCUUAUCUGGGUCCUAACAUUUGUUGCUAUUGUGCCCAACUUGUUUGUGGGAUCACUACAAUAUGAUCCCAGGAUUUACUCAUGUACAUUUGCACAAUCUGUGAGCUCAGCAUAUACAAUAGCAGUUGUGUUUUUCCAUUUCCUACUUCCCAUAGCCAUAGUUACUUUCUGUUACUUGAGAAUUUGGAUCCUUGUUAUUCAGGUAAGGCGAAGGGUUAAACCAGAUAACAACCCCAGACUGAAACCCCAUGACUUCAGAAACUUUGUAACCAUGUUUGUGGUAUUUGUACUGUUUGCAGUCUGCUGGGCUCCUUUGAACUUUAUAGGCCUUGCUGUGGCUGUCAACCCGGAAACUAUAAUUCCUAGGAUUCCAGAGUGGUUGUUUGUAUCUAGUUAUUACAUGGCAUAUUUCAACAGCUGCCUUAAUGCUAUCAUAUAUGGACUCCUGAACCAGAACUUCAGAAGAGAAUACAAGAGAAUUAUUGUCACUUUUUGUACAGCAAAAGGUUUUUUCCAGGAUAGUUCUAAUGAUGGGGGAGACAGGAUGAAAAGUAAACCUUCUCCAUUGAUUACAAACAACAAUCAAGUGAAGGUGGACUCUGUUUGAAAAUGGGAAUCUU